AUGUUCCGCAAGAAGAAAAAGAAGAGGCCGGAUAUAUCGGCGCCGAAAAACUUUGAGCACCGGGUGCACACGUCGUUUGACGCCAAGCGUGGCUGCUUUGUGGGCCUGCCCACCCAAUGGCAGAGCAUCAUCGAGAACCUGCGGCGGCCGAGGCCAAUGGUCGACCCCUCCAGGAUAACACCGGUGGAGCUCAAACCAAAGAAGACCAUAGUGCGUGGGAGUUUCAUAGGCCACGGUGACUACAUCUCCGCCAUGCUGUCUGACAUGAGUCGCCUGUCGGUCAGCAGCUCCAAUUCCCUGCGCAAGAGCAGCCCGUCGGCCCGGAAACGGGCACAGUCACUUGGCCGCCUGGGCGAGGAGCGGGAGUGCGAGCCCUACCAAUACGAGGACCUGCUCGUGCCCGACCACAGUGGCGGCGGCGAGCAUGACGGCCAGGGCCACUGGCGGCGGAGCACAGACAGGGACAGAGCGCGGAACAUCCACAGUGAAAGCGGCACGCCGCACCUUGGAUUUAGGAAGGGCGCAGUCCUCCAACCCAAUGGCAUGCUGAUGAUGCCCCGUGCCAAAUCCACUCACGAAGUCAGCAUCACGUCGCUGGAGGCGAUUGGACCGCCGCCCUUUCCACCUCCGCUACCACCUCCCCACAUCCCCGUGCCCUAUCCUCCCCCGGCCAUGUGCAUGCCUAGUGGGUGUGGGAGUGAGAUGGGUAGCCCGGUGGACCGCAUGGUAGCACGGAGAGACAUGGGCCCUCCUCCCAUGGGUCCUCCUCCUAGGGGUCCUCCCCUGCCGCCAAUGACACAGAAACCAAUCACCUGCUUCUACAACCCCACGGGACCCAUGCAGCCCCACCCACCACCACCACCGCCACCGAUGGGGAACCUGGGGGGGCACACCCCCGAGAUGAGACCCAGUGAGAGGUUCCUCAUUCACCCACAGAACAGCCCUGGCAGGCCAUACUCAUCCUACGACCUGAAGGCUGACCAUGUCUUCAGGCACCAGCCUGGUAUGUUCGCCAGCUGUACCAGCAGCCCCAUGAUGAGUGGUGGUGGCAUGCGGCCUCCUCCGCGGGCCGUGCGCUCCUCCUCCAGCUACUCCAUGGGUCUGUCCCCCAACAUCAGCCUGCAGCCGUGCGGCCCCGAGCCCUACCUGCGGCACUCCGCCAGCACCAACCCCGGCUGCUUCUACCCGCGGCAGGACAGCCCGUCGCAGCCGCGCCCGUCGCCCACCGGCUCCCUGGCGACCAGCCCGCAGGCCACCUGUUCGCCGGCCUUCCGCCCCCCGCAGCACCCGUCCCCGCGACCUCCGCCCGACCCGCCCAAGGUCACCCACGAGCAGUUCAAGGCGGCGCUGCAGAUGGUGGUGGACAAGGGCGACCCGCGCUCCUACCUGGACAACUUUGUGAAGAUCGGCGAGGGCUCGACGGGAGUGGUGUGCAUCGCCUGCGAGAGGCACAGCGGCAGACAGGUUGCAGUCAAGAUGAUGGACCUGCGAAGACAGCAGCGGCGGGAGCUACUCUUUAAUGAGGUGGUGAUCAUGAGGGACUACCAGCAUAAGAAUGUGGUGGAGAUGUUCAAGAGUGCGCUGGUGGAGGAGGAGCUGUGGGUCAUCAUGGAGUACCUGCAGGGCGGCGCUCUAACCAACAUCGUCUCCGAGACCAGGUUGAGCGAGGAGCAGAUCGCCACGGUGUGUGAGGCUGUUCUGCAGGCCUUGGCCUACCUCCACUCCCAGGGCGUCAUCCACAGAGACAUCAAGAGCGACUCCAUACUCCUCACGCUGGACGGCAGGGUGAAGCUGUCAGACUUUGGGUUCUGUGCUCAGAUCAGCAAAGACAUCCCGAAGAGGAAGUCUUUAGUCGGCACGCCAUAUUGGAUGGCCCCAGAAGUCAUCUCCAAGUCACCCUACAGCACAGAGGUGGAUGUUUGGUCCUUGGGCAUCAUGGUGGUGGAGAUGGUGGAUGGAGAGCCGCCAUACUUCUGUGAAACUCCGGUUGCUGCGAUGAAGAGACUAAGAGAUGAGCCAGCCCCUACAGUUCGCAACAUCAACCAAAUCUCUCCGGUUCUGAAGGACUUCCUGGACCGCAUGUUGACGCGGGACCCGCUGGAGCGAGCUACGGCCACGGACCUUCUGGAGCAUCCCUUCCUGCUGAAGAGCAGCUCACCGCAGUGCUUGGUGCCCCUAGUGGAGCAGUACCGCAAGCGCAUGUCUAGAUGCUGAAGUCAUGCUUUAGUAGGCUAACCCGAACCCCAGCU